ACGUUUGUUUCGGGCAUGAAGGUUUUGGCUUGUUGGACAGACUGUCGUUUCUACCCGGCAAAAAUCCUCAGAGUGAACAAAGACGACUCCUACAAAGUGCGUUUCUAUGACGGCGUGGUUCUGACUGUGAAGCCCACUAAGAUCAAACCCUUUAAGGAAAAGUCCAGACCUAAGAAGAGUGCGGUGGGAAGCGAGGGAUGGGAGGAAGGUGAGAGCGAGGAGGAGGGGGAAGAGAGAAAGGAGGAGGAGGAAGAAAUGGAGGAGACGAAAGAGGAGACGAAGGAGGAGACGAAGGAGGAGACGAAGGAGGAGACGAAGAAGGAGACGACCUCAGAAACGAAAGAAGGAGAUGAAGAGGAGGAGAGGAAGGCAGAACCUUCAUCCUCCCAUCCACCAGCAAAGAAGAAAACAGAUGAAGGUAGAAGCAGUAGAGCUCAGAGUCAGCCAAUCACAGCUGACCCCGCCCCCCCUGCUCCCCCUGACUCCGCCCCCUGCGACAGAGACGUCCUGUUGGAGCGUCAGUCCCACCUGCCCACCACUCACAGAUUCAGCAGAGAGCCACUGUACAGGGUGAUAAAGAACCAGCCCCCUCCCAUCCUCUCCAUUGAACUGGACCACAACCCCUUCAAGUGUCCGUCGGCCGGCUGCAUGAAGUCCUUCAGGAAGGCCAGUCUGCUGCACUACCACAUCAAGUAUUAUCACUCUGACCAGCAUCUGGACGAACAGCUGGAGCCCCCGAGGAGGAAGCGGUCGUCUUCUCAGGGGAGAGACUUCCUGUCGGAGAGGAAGAGUGAGGACCAGCACAGCAUCUGUCACCGUGACGACAGAGAGCCCAGCACAAUCACAACAACAGCAGAAGUGAAGCGUGAAGAAGAGGGGGAGAAAUCGGUAGAACAGGAGAGGAAGGAGAGGAAGAACUUCCUUCGGGUCAAACUAAAGAAGAAGAAAAAGAAGAAGAAGAAGAAGAAAAGUCAGCCAGGACACGGCAGCAGUGACGAAGAGAACUCGGACCGCUCUCGGGUCGCAGUGAAGCUCUCCUCCGAACAGGAACACACACACAUACAAGCGGACGACGGCAGCGACUGGUCCACGCUGACGGCCGAGAGCGGGGAGGACACUUCCUCUUGGCCGGUUGCCAUGGAGACGGAGGAGUGUGAGGUCGUGAGGUGUGUGUGCGAGGUGGACGAGGAGAACGACUUCAUGAUCCAGUGUGAGUCGUGUCUGUGUUGGCAGCAUGGCACCUGUAUGGGGUUAUAUGAAGACAACGUCCCGCUCAACUACACCUGCUACUACUGCAGACACACUGCAGGGUGGAGGCGGGCUCAGCGUUUCCUCUCGGAGCCUGAUUUGCUGAUAUCUGGUCACAUGUUCGGCCUGUCGUGUGUGAAGGAGAACUACUCGGAGGUCAACGCCUCGAAGAUCUCCCACACCAGCAGCCUGUUGGCUCACACACACGGUCUCAAUCAGGUCCUCAGAGGCCUGCAGCUCAAAGUCAGCCUGCUACACUCUCCAUCCCACCCUGACCUGCAGCUGUGGAGGUUGCCCUGGAGACGAGAGGAGGGGUCCAGGUCGGCCUCCAGCCCGAGAGGAGAGACCUCGAUCUGCUAUGUGAGCAGCGAACACUGCUACCAGAAACCAGGUGCAUCAUGGGAGAAAUCAGAGGAGAGAGACAAGGAGACGCAGACGGUGGUGGUGAAGCUGGAGCAGGAGGAAAUAAAGCUUGAAGAUGUGGAGAUGAGACCAGCUGAUGCUACAGCAGAUGCACACUCAGUGACACACACAGUGACACACACAGACACACCGCCCCGCAUAAAGAUAGAGAGCCACACACACACUCACACUGCGGAGCCUCGUCCAGCGUCCGAGGCCGAGUGUCAGCUGAACCUGCUGGAGCACGUGGAGACGCUGCACCAUCAGAUCAGCGCCAGGAUGGACCUGAUAGAGCGGGAGCUGGACGUGUUGGAGUCGUGGUUGGAUCACUCCGGUGAGCUCGAGCCUCCGGAUCCUUUGUCUCGCCUCCCGCAGCUCAAGCAGCGAAUCAGGCGGCUGCUGCGUGACCUGUGCACUGUGAGACAUCUGUCCGUCUGGCGCUGACUCUUUCCCCUCCCUGACCCCUUAACUCCUGCGAGCCUCUGCUAGCCAAUAGGAGCAGACGGACGGACUGACGGGCAAUCACUCGACUGACGGACCUGCGGAGAUGGAGUCGUGGAGCGAGUCGACUCUGCAGAGAAACUGUGCUUUGUUUACAGUCGAGAAGAUGCACUACAACACGACGAGGAUGAAGACGUUUUUUUUUGUGACUGAACAGGUGCUUUCUAUCUGUUACAUUUCACAAAAGUACCGCAACAUGUCCCAAACUGUCCCUCCGUAUGUUCAACAACGUGAAGAUGAAAGGUUUCAGUAUUGGAUGGAUUUUGAUGAGCUGUUGUUAUGCAGGUGUUUGGGAAACUUUUCUCUGUUCGGGAGGCUCUACAAACUUAACUGCAUGUGUUCUCAUUAGCAUCAGAUUACCGUGUAGUGUUAGCAUCAGCCGUUUCCUAGCAACCAUCUAACCUGAGAAACUGUGUUACGACCUAAAAGAGUAACAAAGCUCAUGAAAACAUCGAAAGGAUUUGGGCUGAUUUUUUUUAAAACAUUAAGAUUCGAUGCUUCUAUAAGUUUCCUACGGCAGAGAUUUUUAAAAAUGUUGUUUCGGCGAUUCCUCUGAAAUUAAAUAGAUUUUGCAGCAAAGUGUCACCAUUUUUAAAUCCUCGUUGGAACGGGCUGUAAUUAUUAUUUUUAGUAAAAUGUAGUUAAAGGGACGGUUCAUACCUGUUUUGCUUUUAGGAAUCUAGUAAGACGGAGACAUAUGAGAUCGUCCUUCUUUCUCUGUGUAAUGUUAACGCUUAAAAACUGUCUCGACGGCGUCUUCCACACACUAUCUGUGUCUCUUAAAGGGAUGGCGCUGUGGGAAAUGUAGUUUUUUUAUAGUCCCUUGACUACAGAGGUGACAUUAUAUGGCCUUUUUCACAUUUUUUUUAACUGGUUCUAACAAUCAUGUGUUUUAAGAAUGUUUUAGUAACAUUUCGCUUCAAAAUCAGUUCAUAUCAAAGGAAUCGCUGCAUUUAUGGGCUCCAUAUUUUCACAUCAAAUUAGUUUUUGGUGGACCCUAUUUCUGUCUGAACCACACAGAUGGAUGUAUAGAGGAUUUAUAAAAUACGAUAUAGGAUCGUCUUUCUCUCUUUAGGAAACGAGCUCAGUACUUCCUUCACUUUCUCUUCCUUUUUUCCUUUUUUCUCUCGUUUGAUAUUUUCAGGUUUUAGGUAUAUUAUUCGACUUUUCUAGAUUUUUAUCGGUGCUUUUGAUUGUUUUCUGCAUAAUGUCUCUUUCUGACAUACGAAGAAAAACCCUAAAAGCAAUGUUUUAAUCCGCUUCUACUUCGUUCUUGACAUUUGGGAACUGUAUACGUCACAAAAUAAUAUCCGCUCGCAGGUUCAUUUUGUGUUUCGGUGCUCUCAGAUUUUUCAGCAAAAACAGCUAGCUUGUUAUAACCUGUACAAAUAUUUCUUUCAGUUUAAUCUCAUAUACUCGUCUCUGUUGGUAAUAAUCAUUCAUUUCAGAUGAAGAGUAUUGAUCGUUUCUUUCAUCGAGGCCAGUGUAAUAAACUGUUUUCAGUCAAAUUAACCAGCACGACGUUCCUUUGUUGUGACAAAAAACUCAUUCUACGUGUAAAUAUGUCCAGGUAAAUGUUUUAUACACUUGUGUAAGAAGCUAACUGUAAAAAGCUGUAGAUUUAUUUUCAUAGAGAGAUUGGUUAUGAAUCAGGUUGGUUAAUAUCUGAUGUGUUUGAAGAACGCAGAGCUUCUGUUGUUUCUCUUUAGUUAUCGUGCAACCGCAUUUGUUUUAAUUGUUAACUGUUUUUAUUUCAGUUCAUGGUGCGUUCAGGCGGUCCUCCACAACUCGAAGAAUCUAAUCUCUCCUGUUGAAAGAAAGGCAACUUUAUUAAUAUAGCUCAUUUCAGCAACAGGGCAAUUCAAAUCAUUACAACCAACAUUAAAAGGGCGUGAUCAAAUUACAGUUAAAUACAUGGAAAAACUUUCAAAAUAGACAUUUUAAAGAACGUGUGAGAUGUGAAUAACUCUUUGAUUUAAUAAAGGGGCAAAAAAGUAAAAUAUUUAGCCUUGAUUAAAAAGACGUUCAUUUGUAGCACGCCUGCAGUUUUCAUUUAAACAUCCACAUGUUUGUAGACACUCGAUUUUCCGAGAUGGAGAGGACACGCCUGAAGGCAACACAGGUUCACACACAUUAAGCGACAAAGUCAAUGUUUUGUUUCUGUAUUCUGUUUAAAGCAUGAAGUUUUCUGACGAAUUUUAACUUUGAUUAAAAUGAAGAAAUUCC